AUGUCAAAAAGUCUUUUAUUUGCUCUGCCGACUAUAGUUCCGAGUUCAUCUUCAACGGGAAAGUGGUUGAUCGGUGACCGCCGUUCUUUUGGAAAUACCAAUCCGUCUUUACCUCCUCGCCACAUAAUGCAGCCGCUAUCCCGGAAAGUUCUCCGACCCUUUCUUCCUCCAGUCUGCUGUAGUAACAAUCUAACUUUGGAAUUCAAGAGUGGUCAAAGUAACAAUCUAACUUUGGAAUUCAAGAGUGGUCAAAGUAUGCAUGGAUUCCAUGAAAUUGAGCUACAAGUGCGAGACUACGAACUCGAUCAAUUUGGUGUCGUAAACAAUUCUGUCUAUUCAAGUUAUAUUCAACAUGGAAAUCACGAAUUGCUGGAUCUGAUAGGAAUAAACCCAAAUGAUGUUGCUAAUUCAGGCGAGGCCCUAGCUUUCUCUGAGAUGACACUAAAAUUCCUCAAUCCACUAAGAAGUGGAGACAGGUUUGUUAUCAAGGUGAGAAUAUGGAAUUCAUCAGCAGCCCGAUUAUACAUUGAAAACUCCAUCUUCAAGUUGCCAGAUUAUGAGCCUAUUCUUGAAGCGAAAACAACUGUAGUUUGGCUUGGCAAGAACUAUCGACCUGUCCGAUUCCCUGCAGAUUUUAGGUCCAAAUUCGUCAAGCUUAUUCGACAAGAGGAUCAAUCCAACUAA